GAGCGCGAGACUAGGAGUAGCUCGCGGAGCGGCGUCAGGGGCUCGUUACACUGUAACUCAACUGAAGUCGCAACUGUGUUGCUGUGCCUGCCAUGGAGCAGAAAAAACAACUAGAAAUGGAAACAUGUAUCAAAGUGAUGGAGGAGUUAAUUGUCGAAUUACAUCUAUUCCUGGAACUUCUUGACCAUGAAUAUCUAACCACAUCUGCCAGGGAGAAAAAGACUGCAGUCUGCAAUAUCUUGCGGAGGAUCAAGUCGGUGUUUGACUGUCAAAUGAAGAACUCUACACAGAAGCAUGACUUACCUUGCAGUGUGCCUGCACCACCUCAGAUUCCUCUACCUGAGAUCCCUCAUCCAUGGCAUCCAUUAGAAAACAGUCCACCACCUCUGCCAACGUCUUCCUUGCCUGAAGGCUAUUAUGAGGAAGCGGUGCCAUUGAGUCCAGGAAAAGCUCCAGAAUAUAUCACUUCUCGAGAUUAUGAUUCAGAUGCCAUGAGUAGUUCCUAUGAAUCAUAUGAUGAAGAUGAUGAGGAUGGGAAGGGAAAGAAACUGAGACACCAGUGGCCAUCUGAGGAGGCUUCAAUGGAUUUGGUGAAAGAUGCUAAGAUCUGUGCUUUUCUCCUGCGCAAGAAACGUUUUGGACAGUGGACUAAACAAUUUUGUGUCAUUAAAGAUAACAGACUAUUGUGCUACAAAAGCUCAAAGGAUCAUCAACCUCAGAUGGAGUUAUUGCUUCCAGCCCACAAUGUGUCCUAUGUUCCCAAAGACAGCAAAAGGAAAAAACAUGAGCUACGAAUCACCCAGCAAGGAGCAGACAUUGUCGUUUUGGCUGUGCAAAGCAAGGAACAAGCAGAGGAAUGGCUAAAGGUAAUAAAAGAUGUUGUUGUACUUUGCAAUGUAACUACUGAAACCGAUGGAUCCAUGACAAUUGUUCCUGUGAACAAAGCAGAACUGGAAAAGAAAUUAUCUGCUGAUAAGCCAAAUUCAGAUGGUGAAGGGCAUUUGGAAAAUGGUAACCAUGUUGCAACAGCAGAUAGUAAAGACCAUGCAGGAAAGGGAAAGAAAAAUGCAAAGACAGAGCCAAAAGGGGCUGUGAGCAAGGUCACUGGAAAGAAAAUUACCAGGAUCAUUGGUCUGGGUAAAAAGAAGCCAUCAACAGAUGAACAAACCUCCUCCGCUGAGGAAGACAUCCCUACCUGUGGCUAUCUGAAUGUGUUAUCUAACAAUCGAUGGAGGGAACGCUGGUGCAGAGUGAAAGAAAACAAGCUAAUUCUCCACAAAGAUAGAACUGACCUGAAAAUUCAAAUGGCUUCUAUUCCACUACGCGGAUGUGAACUCAUUCCAGGCCUGGAUUCCAAACAUCCACUGGCAUUCCGUUUGCUUAGGAAUGGACAAGAAGUUGCGGUUUUAGAGACCUCUUCAGGAGAGGAGCUGGGAAGGUGGCUCGGUGUGCUAUUAUCUGAAACUGGUUCUUCCACAGACCCAGCAGCCCUACACUAUGAUUAUAUUGAUGUAGAAACAACUUCAAGUGUUAUACAAACUGCAAAACAGUGCUUCAAUUUAUUACACAGACGGUCGAUAUCACCAAAUCGAUAUGGUGGCAAUAUGCCUAAUGGAUAUGCAUGCCCGCGUGGAAUUUCUCUUCAUUAUGACGAUGUACCUUGCCUAAAUGGAACAGAGCAGGAGGUUUUCACUACUAACGCUAGCCCGCUGUGGUUUGAGGAAGUUCAUAGUGACAGCACUGACCUGUACGACAACGUUCCACCACCAAAACCAAUUGCCCGCAAAUCGCAGCCACUUGGGGUCCAGAGUAGGCUUUCCACUGAGAAACUAACUUCUAAAAAUAACAAAACUCUUGCCUCUUCACCUCUAUCUUCUUCACGGCCUAUGACUAAUAAAACUAACACCUCUGCUACAGAAAAGGGACCAGUCAAAACAGCUUCACAGGCAAAAGGAAAGAAGAUGUCAACAGCAGUAAAUGGUAUGACAGCAAAGCAGAAGGUCGGAAGCAAUCCAGUCAAAAAAGGAAAUCCUGUCACAAAUGUGAAGCGCACAGCCUCAAAUGCUGAUCAAUACAAAUAUGGUAAGAACCGUGUGGAAGCCGAUGCAAAAAGAUUACAGUCAAAAGAAGAGGAGAUGAAAAAGCAGAAAGAAAUCUUACGCACCCGAUUGGCACAACUGAGAAAAGACCGAAGGGAGCUGAAAGCAGCUAUUGAAACAUGUACAGGUAAGAAGUUUCAGGCUGCUCUGGAGACCAAGCUAAAGAAAUUAGAGGAGGAGUGCAAGAUCAAAGAAACUGAACGCGUGAACCUGGAAUUGGAGCUGACGGAGGUGAAUGAAAGCUUGAAGAAAGCGCUUGCUGGAGGCCCCACACUGGGCCUGACAAUAGAACCAAAGUCAUCAAGAACCUCAAGCCCGCAGUCCCCUGUGUUUAUGCACCGCACCCUGGACAAUUCUCCAGCUUCCAGCUGUGAUACAAGUGACACUGAGCCACUACCACUGCCUGUAAAUGCAGCUGCUCUCGGAAGAAGACCCCCCUCAAUGGUUUCUUCCCCAAGUCGAGGCCAUGUACGCAGGAAGGCCAAGGAAUGGGAACUGAAGACUGGAACAUAAAACAAGAAAAGUGUUCUCUUUUUAUAGUAUUUAUUUCCUUUUUACAAAAUGUACAAGACCAGAAGCACUGCCACUGCGUCCUUCAGUUCAAAGAACUGCACAGUCUGUGUGGUCCUCUCAAAAACUGUGGGAAGACAGCAGUUGUUCCAUGUUGAAGUGUAGCUUUAUGUCUUGGGUCAAUGCUGAAAGUUUUUAAACUUUAUUCCACCUCACCCUCCAUUGCUGAUUGUCUACUUGCAUUACAGCAUUUGACACUUGUUCAAUAAUGUUGUGUUAAUUAAUACAUAAAUGUCUCAAUUUAAAAAAGAAACAAGUCUGGUAAGGAACAAUUUGAGUAUCCCUAACACAAAGAAAAAAACACGUUUAUUACAGUAGAGGCAUUUUAAGUUUUAUUAAUUUAUGACUAUAAUAAAACAAAAGUUGAGCGUAUUGGGUAUAGUGCCCGCGCCCCCCCAAAGGAUGAAGCCAGAUAAGAAAUCAAUAGCCUCAGUAAAUCCUGCAGUAACCAGCCAGUUUUGAAAAUUGUCACCUAUUUUUAUUCUUGCUCACCCUAUUUAGAGGAGAUGCUCAAGUAUUUUCCUGGAACAGUGCACUGUUUGUUAUAACACACUGGGUUUGGUUAUUCUAAUUCAAGUCAAAACCCAUUCACUUGGAUUUAAAAUUAGACCCUUCAGUUCAUCAAAAAUGAAAUCACUGCUUGUAUUUUCCAUGCAAGAUUGAUUUUAGUUCUUAAAAACAUUUGUGCAGUCAUAGAUUCAAGAUAUAGUACUUGUUAUUUACUAUAGAUUGUAUCAUUCUGCAGAUUUUCUAAAAUAAUAACUUAGUUUCACCUACAAUGAAGAGUGUUUUGAUACAUGAGCAACUUUUGAUAUAUUAGGCAAGCGAUAUUGGUUUAAAAAAUAAGUUUUGAUGUAACAUAGUUGAUGUGCUUUUUGUACUUUGAGGAAUAUGUAAUUAUGUAUAAUUUUAUUUGGAGCAAGUCCAUAUUUAAAAAUUAUUUGUCUAGAUUCCCACAAUUUCAAAGUGAAGGACUGAAUAUAAAAUAUGAAAAAUAACAAAAAAAUUGUGAACUACUAAUAAUAAUUCUUGGAUAGAAUUUGUGUUUCUGUACAGCUCUGACGAUUGAUCCCAAAUCUUAACAGAGGGCAUGGGACCACUUGGCUGUACUGUUUUUGGUUUGCAAAACUUUUAUCAGCAAUAUAUUUCAAUAUUAUUCAUCUCUCAGCAUAAUCAUAUUAACAACAUAAAGUGCAGGAAACGUUCAGCAGUCAGGCUGUGGAGAGAGAAACCAAGUUGUCAUUUCACAUUAAUAACCAUCUGAAUGUUUCCAGCAUUUUGCUUUUUGUUUUAGAGCGUAAUCAUAUUGUUGCUUCUUAUUAGGGCAAGUGAUUUGGUUCUGUGCAUAUCUAUACAGAAAUGGAUACUUUCACCAACUUGGAAAGAUUUUAUACAGUUACAAUACUCUGACAGAAAGUUUGCAUGAUUUUAGAAAUUUAUGAAGUGUAUUCCUGGAUGAUAUAUUCCUCUAAAUCACUUGCCCUUGUUAUUAUUAUAUUGAUUAAAAAUACAUUAGAAUAUGUUUAUCAAGUAAUUUUACUAGUAUCUGGCAAAUAAAAUAGAAAACACAGGAAAGUAUUACAUCUAUAAUGGUAAAUCUUCCACAAAAUUAAUGUAUAUUUUGUCAAAAAAAUUUCAUCCAAUCACUGUGCCUUACAUUGUCUGUUAUUUGUGCCAUUUCGUCAUUUUCAUCAUCUGAUAGUAUUGUACAGCAUUAUAGCAGACCUUUCAGCCGAACAGGUCCAUGCCAGUGCAUAUGAUCUACACAACCUCCUUAUCCAAUCUUAAUGAAACAUCCUUCUAUUCAUUUCCCUGUCAUGUUCAUUUAUGUAUUUGUUGCUUCAACUAUCUUCAGGUUUUAACUACAGUUUUCUAGUUUGGUAUGAAAAUUUACAGACAAACAUAAUUUUGAAUUACAAUUAAGUUUUGAUUGACCAAUUGAAGGGGCUAAUUGUCCAGUAGUCAACCAGAAGUUAAGUGUGAAUCAGAAGAGCAUAUUUUUUAAAUGUUUUAAUAUGAAUUACUUCACCAAUAAAUUGCUAAUUGCCAAAUAAUAUUGCUGAAGAUUAAUGUUUUCUCCCUCAUUUAAAAGUAACAUGAUUUCCAUUAGAAACAAUAUUUUUCUGCUGGUGCCAGAAGUUAAAUAUGAGAAAAGUGAUACAGAAAUGCUACGCAAAUUUCAGAUAUAAUCUUUAGUGCCAAUACCACAAACAGUCAAUAUCUGUACUUGUGGACAUUAAAUAUAGUGUAGAAGUAUAUAGUGUUUUUGAUCUUUUCUAGAAAGAAAAACAUUUUAAUAUGAAACAUUUUUACAUUCAUCUGAGUCUGUCAACUGUAACAAUUAAUCAGGGACUACAUCUGUUAGUAGUAAUCAUAGACAAAUACUUAUGCUGUGAUACAUUUCAAUAAAAUUAGACUUUGUGUAUAAAACAAAUGAACAAGUAAUUUUUUUUACAUUUUGAAUGUUCCACAUUACCAGAAACGACACAGCUUAAUAGUGAAAGAUUGUGCCAUCACUGACACUUAAUCCUUCAAAGUUUGGGAAAAGUGUAUGGGAUCUGGAAGUAUUCCUACUUAAGCUGAGACUAAUUUCUUUGAUUUUGUUUUAACAAAUGUUGGUGUUAGCAUUAAUAACAUCAUGGAAUAAACAGGGCAAUGUGGAUACAGUAAGGCAGUUCUCAACUUCUUGAAAAGGUAACUGCACCAUUGAAAACAUAUGUGACCUUGUGAUGUCAUUCAGUUGACUCUGCAUCCCAUGGACUCCGCUGCUGCUAAAUUCUUCUGAAUAGAAGAAGCAUAUAACAGCAUUCAAAAGGCAGAACAAAGGCACCAAGCCAUAACCAAGCACCAAGUUAAACUAAGCAAGCUGAUACAGAUAGGAUAGGCCAAAAAACCACAUUCUGUGCUGUAACACUUCUGUGAUUCUCCUGAAAUUUGUCAGGACAUUUUAGUUGGCUGUCUGCAGAGACAUUGUUUCAAUUUUGCAUACUAUUAAACUCUUUAAAAUUAGUCAAAUCACACAAUCUGUGGCAAAAACAGAAAUAGCUGGAGAAACUCAACAGGUGUGGCAUCAUUUCUGGAGAGAAAGCAGAGUCAGGACUGAAGAAGGAUCACUGGACCCAAAAUAAUAACUAUGCUUUCUUGCCACAGAUACUGUCAAGACCUGCUGAGUUUCUUCAGAAGUUUCUGACUUUGAUUCAUUUCUGGCAUCCACAGUUGUUUGUUUUUAAUGCAAGCUGUGAAUAGUUUUUUUUCUGAAUUUGCAGUGGACUAACCAACAGUCCUUUAAAGGAAGCCACUAGAGACCUGAUUGUAUUGUUGGUGACGCAGCCAAUCUGACUGUGACACAGUAGAGGCAGCAGCUCACAGCAAUUAUUACACUGAGACUCAAACUUAUUACACCUUAAUUGUAUGCUUUCAGUAUGACCCCAAAAAGAGGCUUUAAUGACCUUCUACGCUAAUAGUUUAAAAAUUCUUUCGCUCAGUAGCUUUCCUUUCCUAUCUAUUGCACAUGUGAUACAAUCUCAGACUAUAAAACCUAGGAGCAGAAAUAGCCAGUCAGCUGAUAGAUCCAGUGUCACCAUUCAAUGAUAUAGCUGAUCUGAUAAUCCUCAACUCCACUUUCCUGCCUUUUUCCCAUAACACUCGACUCCUUUACUGAAUAAAACAGUCUUUCUUAGCAUCAAAUAUGCUUAAUGACCCAGCCUUGACAGCCCUCUGUGGUAAAGAAUUCUACACUUUCACAACCCUUUUGAGAGAAGAAAUUUCUCAUACUCUUGAUUUUAUUUCUGCUUGUUACACUCUUAAAUUUUCUGUCACAGUUUAUUUGCAUAUAAAUUUAAAAUUAUUUGUCUUCCUGUCCAUUACAUGUCUUGUGCUGCUAUUUCAUGAUAAGACCUGGACUUCACGUUUACACUCUUUGUGCCAUUCUUUUGGGGCAUUCGACCAAUCGAGUAGUUGAACCACAUGGACUUGAUAGAUGACACAUCGCUUUGUUGUUCCUUCAUUGAAUAUGCAAAGGCUCAAUUCCGCUACAGGUUUAUUUGCCCACAAAAGUAUUUAUUUGUUAGUUUAUUUUCAAACUUCAUCAUGCCAUCUUUCUUCAAACUUCAGGUAUAAUCACUUCAUUUGGGUAACAUAGUAGCUGCUCAUCAAGCAGAAAGAUCACUGCUAGAGAUCUAUCAUCUAGCAUUUAUUUGUCUUUGUUUAUGAAGUUACGUACCUGCCAGUGAAAGACAUCCACUGUGACUUUAAUAGAUCGUAAUUUAGAAAGGAAAAUAGUGAAUUAUCAGUGAUUUUAUUUUUACAGUACAAUGUGGUCAAAUCUCACUUCUGUAGUUAUGCUCUCGUGUAUUGUUAUUGUGAACUGUUUAUUUGUUGUAGAAUGCUUUCCUGUGUUUCCAUAUGUAAAUAUAGGAUGACUGACGAAGCUACACACUGUUCUGCUUUGUGAUCUUGGUUCUCAUAGAGUUUGAAGCUACAUGUGAAAGAAUCAUUUAUGAACAUGCACUUCUGGUACCAUGUGAAAUGCAUGGAAUCAAGAAAAUUGAUGGCCUGUUGAUCUUCAUUGUGCAAUUCCUUUCAUGUUCCCGGCAGGCGAAUCUGUGUGUCUGGAGUGCAAACACAUAAAAAUUUUAGCUCAAUACAAUUUAAAAUGUAUAACAUGUAUAACAAGAAUCAUCUCGAAUAGAAGAAGAGUUGGCUGAAUUUACAGCAGGUAGUUAUUUACAUGACCUGAAACUGAUGAUGCAGGUUCUAUGCUACAGACUCUGCUUUUGCUUUUUAAGUGAAGUAAUUCUGUAGUUGCAUCAAGGAUUUCAGUCACAGUAAGUUGCUGAACAUUUCAUAUUUGUCUGCAAUAUCUUUGCAUCGUUUGUGUCCUGGGAUGGCAAAGGCAUGUUAAAAAGCUGAAGUUUUCAUUUGAUCGGUCUGCAGUAUGAAAACUGGCCUCAAAGUAAAGGCCAACGUACUAAUUAUAAAUUGUCUUCAGCUGGAAUCUUGCAUUUCUACCCACUCAUACCCCUACUGGAGUAACUAUCCUGAGGUGUAUACUUAAUGUGUCCUAAUGCCUUGACUGCAGAAAAUGAGAUGAAUUUAGGGGUGUAACUAAUGAAUGGCAUAUGUUUUGCUCCCCCAAAAACAGGGAAAUGUGGUUCCAAGAUUGUUUGCUUUGCAAAGCCAAAUGCAAAUAUGUGCAAAAUUCUCUCCUUUUCCCUGGCAAUGAAGAACCACAAGUGUGGUUCUACUUGUGGUUCUUCAUUGUCAUUUCUAAAAACCACACUUGAAUUUCGAGUGGUAAUAUAACUCUUAUGUUUACGUCUGAGUUUUAGGUUGAGGUUUGCUAUUGAGCUAAGCGGACCAGGAAGAAUCCAUCAGAAGUCAUAGGAUACUGUUUUUUGGACUUUAUUACUUUUUCCACAUCUGCAUCAUGCAGUGGCAGUCCUGUAUCUUAUUUCUACCCACUAAAAACUGCACAGAGUAAGCAUCUCUGACACUUCUGGCCUUCAGUGAGAUUACCUUGCUGUCCAAGCUGCUAUGUGUAGACUGUCACUCCUUUAUCAUACCAUAUGAGAUUCAGGACUUUACUGAUUCUGUCAGCAGCACCAAUUAAAGCAGGGGGCGGGGUGAAGAUAAUUCAAGUUAUGAAUAAACAAACUCUAUGAGGAAACAGGCACGAAUGAAAUAAUGUGUGAAUUUAAGCUGAAAUAUUACUAACUCUCCUGAGUUCAAUUCAUUCCUUGUAUUCACAGAUCUGAUUUAGUUGAUAUUUAAGAGUGAAAUUGAAUUUUCUAUUUGGCAAAUCUAAUUUCUUUCUUGCUGCUUCAAAACAUUGUGUAUAUAAUUCCCUUUAUUAAACUAUGCUGAUGACACACUUGCAAGUCAACCAAGAUGUUUUCUAACUGCAGCUUCACUGUGAUGUAAAUAGAGCAUCUGUUUUCACUGUAAGAAUAGGAAAAUUCUGGACUGUAACCUUACUGGUUUUUGUUUUUAACUAAAUUAAGUGAGAAUAAUAAACAUCUUGUAUAAACCAAGUGUGUAAAUGAUACCCAAUUAUUUCUGCACCUUAGUGUUUUGUUACUUCUAUCUGUAAGCUGUUAAUGUUUU